UGAUUUUAAGAAAAAAAACAUAUACAAACAGGGACAGCAAACAAACAAAACCAAAACAAAACAAAGAAAGGGAAUGGUACAUUCUUCUUCGUCUUAAAAGAAGCAAUGCUCUGCAAUUGGUUUAAAUCUUAAAUAAGCUGAGGCCAAAGAAAACAGUCUGUUUGUCUUGAUUUGCCAUGUUUGAAACUGUGCAAGAAAUUGCUGUUUGCAUUCACAGGUUUCACAACCUCGACCUUUUCCAACAAGGAUGGUAUCAAAUAAAGAUCAGCAUGAGAUGGGAAGAUAGAGGGUAUACGUCUUUAGCAACCCCUGCAAGGGUUGUUCAAUAUGAAGCUCCUGAUCUGGGUGGUGAAAACAUAUAUGGGAUAUGGAAGAUUGAUGAUACAGAUAAUAGUUUCUUGACACAGCCUUUUCGGAUUAAAUAUGCAAGACAAGAUAUUCGUUUAUCUAUCAUGAUCUCGUUCACUCUACCUCUCGGUGAAAAUGAGGGUCCAUCCACCUCUGCUGUUAUUUUGAAAUUUGAGCUUAUGCAAGCUCCCAUAACAGAGAACAUGGUUAUGGCUUAUCCGAAUGCUUCUUCUGUUUCGGUCCAUGAAUUUCGAAUUCCUCCUAAAGCUCUUCUGGGAUUGCAUUCAUAUUGCCCUGUACACUUUGAUGCAUUUCAUUAUGUGUUAGUUGAUGCAAGCGUGCACACCAGUCUAAUGACAGCUGGUUCUUUCAUGAAGGUACCCAGUGGUUCUUAUGGUCAAGAUGUUGCUGGCAAAAUUAGUGAUGGAAUCAGCCAAGCAUUAGGUGAAGUGGCUUCUUUAGAUACAAAAAAGAUCAUGCUUGUUAAAGCAUUGUUGGUUUCCCGUGAUGCAUUGCUUGAAGAGCUACAAAAAAUCAGCAAAGGCAUUGGACAUGCUAUUGAUUUAUCUGAUUUUAUUUCCAAUAUGGAUGAUAUGAGGAUGUUUGAUUCUAUCAUGCAAGAAAAUCUGGGUACUGCAGAUGGUGAAGUUUCAGGACAAGGAAAGCCACAUAAUGGUCUUGAGAAAGCAAAUGGCACUGCAGAUUUUCAAAGUGAUAAUUUGCCCCACAUUUCAACGAAGGCUGUUGUUGUAAACAUUUUUCAUUCGUUGGGUGCUCAACUAUCGUAUUUAUGGAAGAUUUUUUUGCAGUUCCACAGGGCAAACAAAAUAACAAUACUGGAGUUUCUGCGUGAUGUGUGGACUAAAGAUCGACGAGCUGAGUGGUCAAUAUGGAUGGUGUACUCUAAGGUCGAUAUGCCUCAUCAGUACAUAAGCAGUGGAACUGAUGAUUCCUUCUAUCAUGGCCAUAGAAGAUCUUCAAGUGUGUUGAAUCCUGCCCAGAGUGCAGCUACACGUGCUGACCUUCAUCGGCGAAGUAUUGCCCAAAUGAGGGUGAGUAUUACUCCCACUUUGAAUGAUUUGUUACAGUCGUCUUGUUCUUUGGUGUUACACAGGGUUGGUAUUGUUUCCAUGCAGAUUAAUAAUCGGUCAAUUCAAGACAUGUACAUAUUUGGGGAUCCACUACGAAUUCCUAUCAUGAUCGUGGAACGUGUAGCUAAUGCUCCACGGCGUACUCUCAGUGAAAAUUCUUACUUUAGAAAUUUGGAACUGGUAGAUUCACAUAGCUUGCACGGUGGACCUGGCGCCGAAGCUGAAGCUGAAGCUGGUAAGAAGCAAUCUGGCGGUGUGCUACCAAAAAAUGGUCGUGAAUUGAAGGCUGUCAUCUUUGUGCAUGGGUUUCAGGGACACCAUCUGGAUUUACGCCUUGUUCGCAAUCAGUGGCUUUUGAUAGACCCCAAGAUGGAGUUCCUAAUGUCAGAGGCAAAUGAAGACAAAACAUCUGGAGACUUCAGAGAAAUGGGACUAAGGCUGGCACAGGAAGUGAUCUCUUUCCUUAAAAAGAAAAUGGAUAGAGUUUCAAGAUCUGGUUUCUUAAGGGAUAUCAAGCUUAGCUUUGUUGGGCAUUCUCUUGGAAAUAUCAUCAUAAGAACAGCAUUAGCAGAGAGCAUAAUGGAACCAUACCUAAGAUACCUUCACACAUAUGUUUCUAUAUCUGGGCCACAUUUGGGGUAUCUCUACAGCUCAAACUCUUUGUUUAACUCUGGGAUGUGGCUUUUGAAAAAACUUAAGGGAACGCGGUGCAUUCAUCAGCUUAUGUUCACAGAUGACCCAAAUCUACAAAACACUUUCUUGUACAAACUCUGUGAGCGGAAGACAUUGGAGAAUUUCAGGCAUAUAGUACUGCUAUCUUCACCCCAGGAUGGUUAUGUACCGUAUCAUUCUGCCAGAAUUGAACUGUGCCAUGCUGCUUCCAUGGACCACUCAAAAAAGGGUAGGCUGUUUCUGCAGAUGCUGAAUAAUUGCUUGGAUCAGUUGCGAGCACCAACAUCUGAGCAUCGACUGUUCUUGCGCUGUGAUGUAAACUUUGAUACCUCUGCCUAUGGCAGGAAUUUGAACACAAUCAUUGGGCGGGCUGCUCAUAUUGAGUUUUUGGAGUCUGAUGUUUUUGCAAAGUUCAUAAUGUGGUCUUUCCAGGAACUGUUCUGUUAACCGGCACAAAAAACUGACGUCCUUUCCACUUCAACUUUUCUAGCCAGUCUUUGGCUGGCAGUUGCUCCCUUAUUUCUGGGCAACAGGGAUGAAAAAGUGGCCAGGUGUUGGCGACGUGAUGUCCAAGAAAAGGCCAUGUCCUUUCAUCUGGGCUGGGCAGAUGCCAGAGUUGUUGGUUGCUGUGAAGUAUUGGCCUGAGGCUAUUUCCACUUGAAGAAAGACAUGGUAUGUAAAUAUUGUUUCUGACACAUGCCAGCAGGCCCACGAUUUUUGUGUGAUAUGCAAGAGGCGGCCGGUCAUCGGUUGGGAUCUCAAGCUGCACAAAGCUUACCAGUAAACUUGCACUGAAGUUUUGAAGAAUAAAAGUGUAAUUAUUUUUCUAGGUUAAACCAAGUUAGCUGGGCAAUGGAAGCACUUGCUUUCAUGGCUAGAUAGAUCCCUAAGGACAUGCUUAGGCAUUUAUAGAUGCAAUCUCUACCAGAUAGGAGGAUUAUUUUUGUAAGCAGGUCAAGGAAAUGGUGAUGAAUGGGUAUAUCUUUAAUGCAGUUCGAUUUAUUUUGUUA